CUACAUAGAAGUAAAGAAUAACGCGAGCCACGCGAGUACAAAAAUUAGAGCAGCUAGCAGUAACUCUUACAAGCCACUAAAAUAAAUAAGUUUGUUAAUCAUUAAGUGUGAGUAUUAGCAACGUUGUCGUAAUUAUUACUUAGCUUUUAUAUAAUAUUAUUAGUAUGAAAACUUUAGAAAGUAGCUUCAAUGGCUCGUGGCCACUAUACUACAAGAAGCUCUUCUAUGGCUUGUAAAGAAGAAAAACAACGUACGAAAUUCUUUCCAGAAGAUUUCGUCAAAGCCAUGACAAAGUCGACUUUUGUCAGUUGGAGAGAGGCAAAACCUCCUACAUCAAUAUUUGUCUCAGACCUAUCGGAAAAACUUAAAAAUAAUAUGCACGAAAAAGAGAAAAACGAGCAAAUGGAAGAAAAUCAUCACAUCGAUCCGAUUUUUAUGUCUGAGAGUGAAGAAAUCGAAACAAUCAGAAAAAAAAGUUUGUUUGCUCAAGAUGUCACUGAAACAGAACAAGAUAUUAUAGAUAAACGUGUAGCAUUGCAACAACGCCAGUAUGCAGAGUUCGAGAGACGUGAACGCGAACGAAAGUCACAAAAAAUUCGAGCUGUGUUUGAGUUUGUAUCGGAUGAAGAGAUUGAAGAGGCGCUCAAAGAUUGUGAGAAUGAUGAGGAAGAAGUUAUUGUAAGAAUGACACAACCACGUUAUCUGAUUGAAAUUCGUAAAACAAUAGCCGAAAGAAACAUGCGCUCUUAUCAUAUAAAUUUGAUGACUGACGAACAAAAAGAAGCAUAUGAACAGCUCUUAAAGAAACGGAAAGAAACUCUGAAGAAAUGGACGGGAGAAACUGCCAAAAAACAAUAUCGUAUGAAAGGUCGUCUUGCAUUAGACGAUGCUUUGAAGCAAGUUCAAGAUAAUACAAAAGAUCUCGAAAAAGCAUUUGAGGGUUGGUCAGAAGCUCGCAUCAAAGCAUAUAAAGCAAUUGAUACAAAACCUAACACUUAUUAUUAUCGAUUCAACGCUCCUGGCGAAGAGCAAAAAAAAGGACAAUGGACACAGGAAGAAGAGGAACUAUUUUUCAAACGAUUGAAAGAAAUUGGAGCAGAUGGCCAAUGGGGGAUAUUUUCUAUGGCAAUUCCAGGUCGUGUAGGUUAUCAGUGUUCAAACUUUUAUCGAUUAUUAAUAGAAACUGGUCGUGUCAAAGAUCCUAAUUACGUGCUUGAUGAAAAGGGUAAAGCUCAUUUCUUAUUCAGCACCAAGAACAAAAAAACUGGUGAAACCGAAAAAACUUUCCGAACACAUACUAAGCAUGGUAGUGCUUCUCGGAAGAGAUCAUCAUCUCAAACUACCAGUAAAUCAACACCUGCCAAGAAGAAACGUAAACCGGGAAAAAGGCGAGGUUUUGCUUCUGAUGAUGAAGAUGAAGAAGAGGAUUUCGAUUACGACGAUUCAGGAAGCUAUAUUUUAAAAUCAUGGAAUACAACAAAGAGAACAAGGUCUCAGUCAUCGUCAAGUAAAGGGCCACGCAAUCAUGAUAUCGAAAUGGAAGAUGUUGAUGAUGACAAUCCAUUACCCGGUUUCAUUGAUCCAAUAACGUUAGAAGCAGUAGUUAAACCUGCAAUUUCCCCAUAUGGACACGUAAUGGGAUAUGAUAAUUGGGUUCGAUGCCUUUCUUCCGAAGCUCAAAAGAACACCUGCCCUCUGACCAAAAAGCCUUUGACAAAACGAGAACUUGUGAUUUUAACAAAGGACAAUAUUGAUCAAUAUCGGUUUGUAUUUUUGGGGGGAAUUGAUUUAAUUUUAUUGACUUUCGUAAUUUUUAUUAACUUUCGUAAUUAAAUCUUAACCGGCUUACAGUUCAAAAAUAGUCAAUCUAGAUAAGUAAAAAAAAGUAAAAGUGAUUUCAUGGUUGCAAUAAAUAAAAAAUUUCUUUAACUCUCAAAGUAAAUCCUAUAUAAGAAAUGUUUUUUUCUGUAUAAUUUUAUAAUAGUGUUCUAUAGUUAGUAUAAUAACAGAUAUGGAAAAAUACAAACAGAUCAUUUUGUAAAUUUAUGACAGAAUCAUGAUUAAAUUAUAGCAUCAUUUCCUGUAAUAAAAUGAUAUAAAUAAAGU